UAGACUUUUAUAGUUUAGACUGGGUCAUAAUGAAAAUGAUGGUCAGUCUCCUAACGAGGAAUGAGUUUAGACGAGUAAUUGACACUUUCACCUCAUCGCCAACUUAUAUAAAUCUCAAUGCGCCAACAUAAUGCACAAAACCCGCAAUAUUCCUACAACCCUCUGAAUCAUUUCAAACUUUAUUUCAGAUUCUAGCUAUUUAGCAGUUAACAGAUGAACCUACGACUGCACAAUUUGGUAUGGCUGAUAUAAGGUUAAUCUAUGCGCUGUUCUUGUUUCUUUACCUCAUUGUUCCAUCAUCCGGGGCGGAAACAUUUCCAAUAGCGAAGCCAGGAUGCAAGGAUACCUGUGGAAGUGUGAAGAUUCCAUACCCAUUUGGAAUUGGUCCAGAUUGUGCUCUCAAUGAAGCAUAUAGCAUACGUUGCUCUGGUGAUUCCAUCAAUGGUUUAAGGCCAUAUCUGGGGCUUCAACCUGGACAAAGCGCCCAAAGAAUCGUGGAGGUGCUGGAAGUCUCCCUGAGAGACCAAACUAUAACCAUCAAUUACCCACUUUCUCCAAUCUGCUCAGUCAACAGGACAACCCUUGAUGCGUCCGUAUUUGAGAGUUCCCUUGCUCAAACUCCUUUCUUUGUUUCCAGAGAACACAAUAAACUUAUGUUUCUUGGAUGCGGUAAUGCCCUCUUACAUUUGAUAGAUGGCAGUCAGCAGAUCUUGUCUGGUUGCACCUCAAUGUGUAACAGCACCUCGACAAUUAACGGUUGCUAUGGCAUCAAUUGUUGUCAGGCAAGCAUUCCAUACUACCUCAGCCAAUAUAGUUUGCAGUUAACAGCCUCGGAGAACUUCACAUCUAGUACCUGUGCUUAUGCCUUCUUGGUUGACCAAAACUGGGAGUUGGAGAAUUAUACUUCAAAAGUACGUCUAAUAAAUGCUCCUGUUGUGUGGUCCUGGCCCCUGAAUCAUUCUCAAAUUCAAACCAUCUCAGGUUGCAGUGCCCAAAAUAGCUCCCUUCAGUUAAAAUCCAGCAGUAUUGCCACUUAUCAGUGUGAAUGCAGUGCCUUAGGAGAUGAUACUUGGUUUUAUCAAAUCAAUCCGUACUUAGAUGGCGCCUGUAAACACGCCAAUGACGAAAUCAGGCGCAAGAGGAACAGGACCGCGAUUAUUACUGGUAGUACCGUGGGAGCUGGCAUGUUGAUUCUUUUGAUCACUACAUUGUGUUUGUACAAAGUAGUGAAGAAGAUACACGAAAAUAAGCGCAAAGAGAAAUUUUUCAGAAAAAUGUUAAAACAGCAGUUACCUGCUGAGGAUAUUGAAAAUGCAAAGCUUUACACUGCUAAGGAAUUAAGCAACGCCACUGACAAUUUCAAUGAAAAUCGAAUACUUGGUCAAGGUGGUCAAGGUACAGUAUAUAAAGGGAUGUUAAAUGAUGGAAAGAUAGUGGCAAUCAAAAGGGCGAAAAAUGUGAAUGACAUGCGCUUUGAGGAAUUCGUGAAUGAGUUGGUCCUUUUGUCGCAAGUCAAUCACAGGAAUGUAGUAAAACUCCUAGGCUGUUGUUUGCAAACAGAAGUUCCCCUACUGGUUUACGAAUUCAUCCCCAAUGGAACCCUUCAUAGCCUCAUUCAUAAUCAGAAUGAAGUUGAAUUCCCCUUCACUUGGAACUUGAGACUAAGAAUAGCCACGGAGAUAGCAGGGGCAUUGGCGUAUCUGCACUCACAAAUCUCAGUUCCCAUCUUGCAUAGAGAUGUCAAAUCCAGCAAUGUACUUUUGGAUGAAAAGUACAUAGCCAAAGUAUCGGAUUUUGGAACUUCCAGGUCUAUUGAAGUUGAUAAAACUCACUUAACUACAGGUGUUAAGGGGACUUUUGGCUAUUUGGAUCCAGAGUACUUUCAGACGAGUCAGUACACGGAGAAAAGUGAUGUUUACAGUUUUGGAGUUGUUCUCGUCGAGCUACUAACAAGACAAAAGCCAAUAUCCUCCGCACAAACAGCAGAAGCUCAUGAUGGUGUGAGUUUGGUGGACAGAUUCAUAAAAUCCAUGAACCAGAAUUCUCUGCAAAUGAUUCUUGAUCCUCAAAUUUUAGAUGAAAGAAAUGAGAAUGAGGUUGUUCUUGUUGCUAAACUUGCACGACGAUGCCUAAACUCAACCGGGAAAACAAGGCCAACCAUGAAGGAAAUACUCACGGAGUUGGAAAGCACUAAAUUGUCCAAAGGGGAUUCAACUGUUGAUGCAGAUUGUCAAGGUCCAAGUAGUAUUGAAAAGCUGCCUGCUGGCAUUCUUGGGGAUCCUGAUACAUACACCUGGACAAGUGGAAGUGAUCCUGUUGAGUCAUCCUCAGAUGCCUACCCUUUUCUGAGUAAUCUAGUCUAAUUAAUUGAAGGAUUCUUCAGCACUAGUGCUUGAGAUGUCCCAUAUUUUUGUGCUGCCACCUAUCUAUUGAUUCACUCAUUCAUAUAUUUGUGUUUGAAUCAUGUAACGGUGUGACAAACCUCUACUCUUCAUUGGUUAGUAUGCAAGUAGAUAAAAAUGUAGUAUCAAUUUCCCUCUCUUAAUUAACACAUUGACACCAACGAUGUUAACUUGUGAUUAUCUGAAAUAUGAUCUGAAAUAAAAUUGUCGUAGAACUUUUUACGA